AUGUGUCUGGUUCGCAAGCCGCAGCGGGACCCCGUCGUGGGCGACUUGUUGGUCCUCAUCGCGCGAGCCGCAUACAACAUCAGUUUCUUUAGUCGGGACGUCGAGACACGUUAUCGUCUGUUCGAUCUUUUCUCCACGCUAGUCGUUCCGUGCCUCAGCGUUCCCCAGCGAGCUCGCCGCAUGGCGAGCCAUACGGUUACGAACGCAGUGGCAGCCACUCCUUUUCAAAAGGGCGGGAAGCUGUCAGAGAAUGGGAAAAGCGUUCUUGAAUGGCCUCGCGUGAGCCCUCCGCUACUCGCGGUGCUCAACGCGCUGCUGCUGGCGCUCGUGGUGGUCGAGGUGUGGCCGCAAUUCGCGGGCGACGGGCCCACGUGGGGAACACGCGGCACGUGGGGUGUGCAGCAGCCAAUAGAAGCGCUGCUGGGCUCGCCCGGUGUAGCAAGAGGACAUCACGACGGCAACAGUAGCGCCACGCGAGCACCGUCACACGCUGCAGAUCGUCCAUCCAAUGCCGCCCAUGCUCCAUUCUAUGCCUCCCUAGAACAGGAAAUUUGCUGGUCAUCAGAACCCGUGGUUACCAGCAGCAUACGACCAGCAGCAGCAGCAGCAGUAGUAGCAGCAGCAACAGGAGAAGCAGCAGAAGCAGCAGCAGCAACAGGCGGGGUGGUGGUGGGCGGGAGGGGAUGCAGGCGCUGCGUGCGGGGCGAGCAGUGCAGCUUUCACGUGUGGGUGCAGCCGCCUGCUCACUGGGUGUUGCCCCCUGUGGAUAAUGCGAGCAGUGAAAGGGAGACCAGUGGAGAGGGGGGGAAUAGCGGAGAGGGGGAGAGCAGCAGCAGCAGCAGCGGCGGCAUGGAGCCGAGCUGGUGGAAGAAGGAUGUGACGCUGUCUCUGCUGGGGCCUGCCCUGGGCCACGGGGAGGUGCAAUGCCUCGACCCCCCUGCCUGCUCGCACCUCCGCAUCUCCUAUCGCUUGUGGGACGUGGGGACUUACAGUGCAACACUUCAUGUGGGUUGCGCCAAUCUCAACUUCUCACCGGCCUUUGCUGCCCAUUUCAACUCCACCUACCGCCAUGACCUUGCCACGUGGAGCCUCUCCAUUGGCUGGCUAGAAUCCGUUUCCGAGAAGAUUCAUGGCUUUGCAGGUGCUUCUGCAACUGCUGAUGCUGCUGCUGGUGGUGCCAAUGCUGGUAGCAAUGGCGAUGAUGCUGGGGAUAGUGGCGAGGCUGCUUAUUCCAGAGGAGCAGAUGCUUCUGAUUCUUCUGAUUCGGGUGCUGCAGCUGCUGCCGAUGAUGAUGUUGAUGGUGGUGACAGUGCUGCCAGGUCAUCGUCAGAAGAUAGGGUCCUUCUGAAUGACGUGGCAGCUGGUGAUGAGGCACUUGGAGAAGGUGAUACCACCUCCACAGAUACUACCCUUCCAGAUACCACCUCCCCAGAUACCACCGCCCCAGAUACCACCUCCCCAGAUACCACCGCCCCAGAUGCUACCUCUCCCAGCAAGCUGCCCUCUCCCUGUGCACUCUCUUCUAUCCCCGGUCGGUGGACCCAGACACACAGUGGCAAGUACAUCUGGGCCUUCUUCCCCUGUGCACCAGCAGAGUCGCCUCCCAGCCGUUGGAUCGAGCAGCUGGCAAGCAGGGGCAUCCGCGAGAUCAACAUAGCGGGCGACUCCCACCAGCGGGUGCUGGCGCUGCACCUGCACUGGCUGCUCUCAGGGGAGGCGGACAAGCGCAUCCGCAAGGGGCACUCGGACUUCAGCAAGGAGUCGAGGAAUGAGCGCAACGAGACGAUGCGGAUCAACUUCUACUGGGUGGAUGGGAUUUACCGGAAUGAUGAGUUUGGAUGCAGUCACCGGGGAGUCUUCACUCAUCGCAACACCACGUUCCCAACCAACAUGUCCACCACAGCUGACGUCACCCUUCUAGAAGCAGGCUAUUGGAUGAACAAGUGGUGCACAGAGCCAGUCCAAGCCAUGCGAGCCCACCUCUCAGAGUACCUCAAUUGGGGAUUGCAGUUUGCCGCCCAAUUUGGGAAGCUAAUAGUGUUGCGCACGGCGCCUCCAGUGCCGAAUGGGGGUGACCAUUGUUUCGUGGGGUCGUAUCCCGGGCCGGCUACCAACCUGGCACUUAUGGAGAUCAAUCGGUUGAUGCGUCAACUUACAGCGAGUGGGAAGGUAUAUGGUGGUGGUGCUAAUGUGUUGGGCAAGAAAAGAGCAGAUAGUGCAAAUGAAACAGGUUACAGUGAAGCUGAUGCGGACCCAGCUGAGCCGUGGGACGACGCGUCAAUAUCGAGGGCGUUUACAGUUGAUGGGAAGCGGCAGGCAUCAACGGUGCCGGUUUUUGAUUCGUGGAAGAUCGAGGCGCCUCGGUACAUGGACGUGUGUCCAAAAAAGGAUCACCACUAUUCAUGCUAUCGAGAAUUUGCAAACAGAAAAGCAAAGAUUCGAGGUGUAGUAGGGGAGGCUGUUGCGCGUGCAUUGGUACACUUCCUACUCCACAACCUGUAA